UCUGGUUCUUAUUUGUUGAUCAAUAUUACACAAAUAAUGCCUUGGCUAGAAGCAAGCAUUAAAAUUAUGUAGAAAUACCAUAAGUGAUUGUUUAAAAGGGUACUUAACUUUAAAAAUGGUGAUAAAAAUAUGAUAUAAUUUUCAUGUGAGUAGUGUGUGAAGUGAAACUAAGAAAUUAUGAAGUUUUCGUUCCAACAUCGAGCAUUUUACUGCUAUCUUGGAAUGAGUGUAUGGAUAUGUUUUCUUAUAACUGUUGUAUACAAGUACAUGUCUGUUGAAGAAGAUACAGUGGCACUAAAAGUAAUCCAACCUGACUAUGCUUCUAAAACUGACUCAGAGUAUCGAAAGCUGUUUCUACGAGCAUGCAACCCACCAGACAGUAUUGUCAGAGGAUCUGAAGCUGCUGUGGAUGCAGAUACUUGGUUGCUACAAGGGGUGAUAGUGGUGACUAGACACGGCGACCGCGGGCCUCUCACUCAUCUGAGGGGAGGAGACAAGCUUCCUUGCGAUACUGUGCCUGUGUCGCCUUUGCUCAAAAGUUAUGAAGAGUUUGUGCUAAACGCAAGCGUUUCCGGCCGUGCGUGGUGGGUGACUGCCCCAGGGCCGUUUCACAACUUUCCCUCUCUGCCUCGUGCCGCUGCCACACAUUGUGCUUUGGGUCAACUUACACCAACUGGUGUUCUGCAGAUGAUAACUGUUGGAAAUAUUAUAAGAGAAGCGUAUGGUGAUAAAUUAGGCAUGGAACACAUGGAUCUGACCGGAAAGCGUGAAAUGGGUGGUAUUGCAUACAGCACUCGAUACAGACGCACGUUCCAAUCGGUGCAGGCAUUAGCUUGGGGCAGCACUCGAUCCGCUGCUGCCGCCAAGGAAGCGCACAGUGUGGCCUUCUGUUUCCGCCACUGUGCGUGCCAAGCGCAACAUUCUCUUGCCAGAAAGAUGAGUUUUCAAUCAAUACUCCGCUUGGAAUCACACCCAAACUUUAAGGAAUUGAUAAAAAAGUUAUCAAACGUAUUAUUCGAAUCUCAGGAACACGCCGACGCGGACGUAGUCAGAGACGCACUGCUAGCUUACAUCUGCCAUGACGUACCGCUACCGUGCUCCCAAAACCAAAAGAAAACCAAAAAGCUGUCGUUGAAUAAAGAAAAGAGAAAGCUCCGUUCGGAAUCCGUCCCCAGAAGGAAUCUAUUAGAUGCAGACAUCGAUAACUUAAACAUAGAUUUGGAUUAUAUAAACCAGUUGGAUUUCAACAACGAAAUCGGCAGAAAAGCUAGAGAUAUCAUAGGAAAGUACGACAAGAAACCACCUUUAGAUUUCGACGCGCAGAUGGAAAGGGAAAAACUUUUAUACUACCAGCAGAAAUACAUGGACAACAUGGCAUAUGACGAUGUUGUCAUAGUGAAGAAAAAUCUAGACGCAGAUUUCAACUUUCCAAACGACGCUAGGAUGGAUACAGAUUUCGACGAUGACUACAAAGAUCCUACACCAGAAAACACAGAGGAGUUUUGCAUAAAGAAAGAACAUAUUAUGACCCUUUUCCCGUAUUUAGAAUGGAGCUACGAGCAGGAAUUGAACAAUAUAUAUAAUAGAAAACGAGGUUUGCUUCUAGCGUACGGUCUCAUACACAAUAUAGUGCAAAAUAUGAUACGCGUUAUAUCUGAGAAUAAACCGAAAUUAGUCCUCUAUUCUGGACACGAUAAAACUCUCCAAGCGCUUAUAACGGCUUUAGGUUUAAGUAGUUAUCACCAUUACAACAUACAGUAUGCAUCGCGUAUGAUUUUUGAAGUGUACAGGAGAAGGGAUUUGAGGGAUGAGUUCAAAUUCUCCAAGCGGAGGGCAAUCGCUCAAGAUUUUUAUUUCCGCGUCGUUUACAACGGCGAGGAUGUGACGGACAAACUUAGUUUUUGUAGGAAUAAACAAAAUGUCAUAAUGAAAGUCCUAGACCCUAUAGAUGAUAUGAAAACGUAUAAUACAUAUCUGUGUCCAAUAGAGAAUAUAGUUAGGUUUAUACAUGAUGAUUACUUCGCGGCAUUUAACGUUAGUAAUUUCAAAGACGCGUGCGCUAUUGCUUACAGCCAUGGAGAUCUCGUAUUUUAAUUUUUUUUUUACCAAGUUUUAUGAGCGUUAAUUAAAGGUGAAUAUUUCGCAUACUGACAUCUGCCUUAUCCUGUCCCACUUCUGGGCAUAGGUAUCCUAUAUCAUAUAAGUAGAAGUUUUAUAUGGAUUAUACCAAUGUGGAUUUGAGGGGUGGGUUCUUAUUCUUUUGCCGUUUGGAAGGCUAAGUAUCCAACGCAUGGGCGUACUCAGGGGGGCAGGAGAGCCUCCCCUUGAAAUCCUCAGCAAAUUUAAAAACCCUCCUAAAAAUGUAUAGAACAUACAGACAGACAAACAAAAAUGAAAAAAUAUACAAUUUUGGCUACAAUAUCGUUUAUAGAGGGCCCCUCUAAAAAAAUUUUCACAAAAUAACCGAGGACGAUCUGUUCUUAAAAAAAUUCACUCCUGGAACAAAAGCUGGGUACGCCCAUGAUCUCACGUACUUAAUUUGAAGUCGAGGGUUAGGCAAUCUACUCCAAUAUGGACUAGAAGGUACAUACGUGGGCUGGAGGGGUAGAUAACGUACUCCAAUGCGGAUUGGAGGUGUAGUUCAGUGCGGUUUGAAAAUAUUCUUAUACCGAUUCGAGGGGUUAGUAAAGUACUGCUAAGUACCUAAUGUACUUCUAUUCGGUGUAAUGUGUUAGGCAACCUAUUGCAAUGAAGAUUGGAAGGGUAGAUGACAUACUCCAACGCGGAAUGGAGGGUUAGGUUACCUACGUACUCGAAAUGGAUGCUUAGGUUAGAUUACUUCGACUCGUAUGUAAUAAUUACUCAAAAGAGAAUCUUAGCGUUCUUAACAAGCGGGUCCCUAAACACUUAUCACGAGCGGGAAUAUCUGACAACUUCUAUACAACAGCAGCAGCAGACCAAGCUUUGCUCGCCAAUGAAAGUGGUUACGCACAAUAUAAAUAAAUAAUCUAACUGCGACAGUCGCGGCGUCGUGCGACUGUCGCGUCAUCAGAGAACCAUGUUACUGUUUAAAUAAGGUUUGAUGUAACAGAAAUUUAGGUUCUCGGUAUUCAAUUAAUGUGUUCAAAAUCUUUACUAUCAUAUCAUUACCAUAUUCCAGGAUGUA